AUGACCAUGAACGUGACUUCUGCAUUCUACGAUUCGCUCGUUCCCUCUCCACUGACCUAUCCAUGGUACCACUCGUCCAAACCCGACCUGCUCGACUGGGCAUCUGACAAGCAUCUCUCGCUAGCAGCCCCCAUCAUAGCCUAUUGGGUCUACUCCAUGUUCUUCCAUGCACUGGACACAAUCGAAAUCCCAUUUUUCGAGAAAUACCGCAUCCACGAGAGCGAAGAGGUCAAGAGCCGCAAUUUGGUCUCUCGCAUAGAUGUCAUCAAGGCCGUGGUUUUGCAGCAUGUUAUCCAGACUAUCUUGGGUCUGGUUCAUCUCGACGGAUCUGGCUCCGAGUCUUCGUAUAACCACACAGCUGGCAUGCGAUACUGGGCUCCCUGGGUCGUUCAUGUCGUCCGAUUGGCAUGUGGACCGAUGACAGCGGAAAAUAUUCUCGAAUCGUACGGACACCAACUCGUCCAUUUUACGUACUGGUGGUUUAUCCCCGGUGUCCAAUUCAUGUUUGCAUUGUUCGUGAUGGACACAUGGCAGUACUUCCUCCACCGUCUUUUCCACGUGAACAAGUAUUUGUACAAAAAGUUUCACUCGGUUCAUCAUAGGCUCUACGCUCCUUAUGCCUAUGGCGCGCUAUACAACCACUGGUUUGAGGGUCUCGUGCUCGACACCCUCGGUGCUGCCGUUUCCCACUAUCUCGCGGGGAUGGGCAUCCGACAGGGCAUCUUCCUCUUUGCGUUUUCUACCCUCAAGACUGUCGACGAUCACUGCGGCUACGCACUACCGUUCGAUCCUUUCCAAUUAUUCUUUGGCAACAACGCACCGUACCAUGACGUCCCCAUCAGGUUCUCUUAUGGCCUCAAGAAAAACUUUAGCCAGCCCUUUUUCGUGCAUUGGGACACCAUCCUCGGGACCAAAAUGGAGCCUCGCAAACUCACAGACAAGUCUGAUGCACGUCUCAAGAAAAAGGAAAAGGAGCUAUAA